AGAUGACGUAAAUGAAUUAUCGUACAAAAAAAUGCUUGGGAAAUGGAUCUACGGCUGUUCGGGAUGAAAUUCAAAUUGUUCUACGUAGAAGACCGUCUUCCACCCAGAAACCUAAAAGCAGAAGCAUCGAAAAAAAAACCACGUCGAUUUUUUAAUGUGUCCCGAAAAACAGUAUUCAAAUUUAUAAACCUUUUGUCCCCACAAAUCUCGCCUCAGGACCCAAGAACACAAUAAUUUUGAGCCUACCCCUUGUUGACCCAAGCUCAACAUCUUCACUAAUUUUUGUUGAUGCACGUUAUUGUUUGUCAACGCAUUUUUAGAAGCUCGACAAUGACGUCAAAAGUCCCACCCUAGUUUUUCUUUUUUUUCUUUUUGAAAACACGACAACACCUUGGGCAAAGUGACGCAAACUUCAACUAUGUGUAUCCACGAGCCUCGGGGCCCUAGUGUGGUGCCGCUGGUGCCUGAAGAGCACGCGACCGCCAGCACCAGCAGACGAGGGGUGACGGCAGGAGCGCGACCGACCAACUACCGUCUGUACACUAGGGAAGAGGUGGCCCAGAAGGCAAAAACCGAUGGCGACUAUUUGUUUAUCAUCAAGAAGCAGGUGUACAAAGUGCCAGAAAAAUGGGCCAUGAUGCAGCACCCCGGGGGCGAAAUUCUGCUCCGAGACGGAAGGGGGUCGGAUAUCACGGUAUAACAUCAAGCUACUUUUUACCUUCGACUGCAAUAUAUACUUUCAUCUCAUGUGCAGGCGCGUAGGGAAGCACCACAGCUCUUCUUUUGUCAUUGCGAACAAAAUUGCAGCCGGUUAUGUUCUGCAUCAUUCAAUUUCAGCACCUAUUCUUUCCAGUUCUCCUUACAAAAAAAAAAAACACCACAAAUUCACAGAUUUCCUUCCUGGGCAACCACCGAGAGGAAGUCGUCGCUCCCCUUCUGAAACGCUUCCUCGUAGGUUACGUGGACACGGAGGCUAGCAAGAUGGAAACGGAAUUCGCCACCAUGGUGGAAGACAUCCAGAAGGACAAGACCUGGUUCGAAGCUGACAAGUGGUUCUACCUCGGCGUGCAGCUGAGAUACUUUCUGUUGCUCUUCAGCAGCGUCGCCUGUGUGGUCUACGGGACCGAGAACUACUACAUCAGGACGAUUUUGUCCGCGGUGCUCCUCUAUGGAUUGCAAAAAUGUCUGGGUCUGGAAGAGUGCAAACUUGUGAUGCGCAUUUCAGAAAACAGAAAAAUCUCUCAUGCGUGGGUAGCAAAAGCUGCCCGCUUUCUGCCACCAAAGUGGGGGAUUUGUCAUGCGGAUUCGGCAUUGCGGAAGCUUCUCGAAACCUGUAAUGCUAGAGCUUCCAUGCCAGACCUUCUGUGUCAUGCACAAAACAGCAUGACUCUUCCAGACCCAGACACUUUUGCAUUUGAUAUCCUCGGCUGCUAUUUCCAGCAGGUCGCCUUCAUCGGCCACGACACCGGGCACAACGGCGUCUCACACUCUUUGUUCGUGGAUGAGUGCCUCGGGUAUUGAUAAAAAAGAUUUAUUUUCAUACUUUUCUACUUCUUUACGAGCUUUUCUUUGAAACCGAUAAACGAAGUUGUCGAGGACUUUCGUGACGAUAUAUUUUGCUGCGCGUAAAGAUGACAAAUGAAGCGAGAAUUUUACCAUCACAAAAAAACACUCUAACACAGCCUCUUCUGGGGUAACGCCAUGUCCGGAAUUUCCGGUGGCUGGUGGAAGGCCACCCACAACGUCCACCACCUGGUAACCAACUCGGUGGAGUACGACCCGGAUAUCCAGCAUCUGCCCGUGUUCGCGGUCACGGAGAUAUGCAUUGCAAAAAUGUCUGGGUCUGGAUGAUUGCAACUUGUGAUACUGUCUCUGCAUUCUAAAAAAAGUCUGUAUUGCAUGACCAGCAAGAGGGGUCCAGUUUGUGUUACGCGGAGAGGGCAUUUCUCAUGCGGAAUAGGCAUUAGGAAGCCCUCUAAAAAUCUGUGUUGCUAGAUCAUGGAUUAGAGGCAUCAAUCAUGAUACAAAAUAUGCAUGACAAGUCUGGCACUCUUCCAGACCCAGACAUUUUUACAUUUGAUAGGAGAAAUACUUCAACAACAUUUUCUCCGAGUACCACAUGAAAACCCUCCACUUCGACAAGGUCACCCAGACGCUGCUGCAGUACCAGCACAUCCUCUACUACCCGAUCCUGGCGCUGGCAAGGUAUGAACGCCUUUCUCUUUUUUACCUUGCAUCUGCAUUUAUUUAUGGUACAGCAGGAGCCUGUGCUGAGUAUCAAUAUUUCUAUGAUUGUUUUCAACAGCUGCCAUCUGCAACUGUAACUGUAUCCUGUCUCAUGAACAAACCCAGCAAACAUGAAAUCCCAACUUUAAUAUCAGGUUCAACCUCUACGCACAGUCCCUGAUCCUGUGUUUCGCCCCCUACCCCGUUUUUCGGCGGUGGGGCGGUAAGUCACGGGCCAAGGAACUCGCGUGUCUCGGGUUCUUCUGGGCCUGGUUCUCGCUGCUCGUCGCGCAGCUCCCGACCAUGGGCGAACGGGUGGCGUUUCUACUGCUAUCCCACGCCGUCGCGGGCUUGCUGCACGUGCAAAUCACCAUCUCCCACUUCCCCUGCCCGGUCGUGGACGGGAACCCGCUCGGGAACGACAAGCUGAACUUCAUCCAGCUGCAACUCCAGGGAACCAUCGACGUUGGUAUAAGACUUUGUAGAUUUUUUGUGUUGCUGACAAAAGUCGUGUUCAUAAUAUUGAAAAGUAAAUGCAAUUUUUAAUGGAUACAAUAACAUCAAAGCAAAAACGUGUACAAACUACAAAACUACAGACUGUCCAUCCUACAUGGAUUGGUUCCACGGCGGCCUCCAGUUCCAAGCGGUGCACCAUCUGAUUCCUCGCGUCCCCAGACAUAACCUCCGCAGACUUCGCGACGAGAAAAUUCUGCCGUUCUGCAAGAAGCACGGCCUUGAAUACAAGAAGGAAACUUUCUUGAAAUGCAACUUGAUGGUGAUCGACACACUGCGGAAGACGGCGGACAAAAUCUCGCCCUUCUUGAUUGACGCAGUCAACGCGCAAGGAUAGAGGAACAACCGUUUUCAUAUCAAGGAGUAGCGACACGGGAGCAGUUCAUCUUCCGACUCGGUCGGACGGGAGCAGUUCAUCUUCCGACUCGGGACAACAAAUAACGACGCAGCUGCUGAAAAGUCAAUAUCUGCGAUGAAGAUGAUGUGUGCAGCAUCUCUGAAGAAAAUAAGGACGGUGUGUCGACGUAGGUAGCGAAUUGGUGAUGAUCUGUGAAUUGGAUCUGGUGCUCGAACUUGUACACCCGGGGAGCGGCCGCAAGAGCGGCCGCAAGAAGGUGGAGUACUUCUUUUCAAAGAGACGAAAUGCUCUUGUUCAAAGAGGUUGAUCAAAUCUAGGUUCACUUUCAGACUAGUGACUAGAACUAGAUCUGGAAGAAAGAGCCAAGCAGCGACUACGUACUGGGACCCGCUCUGCUGUGCUUUGAUUCGUUGUAAUCUAGAACUUGAGCUCAACCUCGUUUGCUGGUAGUUAUCAGCGAGCUACAUUUUGUUAGGGACGGGAAAAAUGGAAUUACAGCGGCUUUCGCAUGCUAAUCUAUGUAUUAUUGGGCAUCUUCACGAUCAGAUGACUUCGCUUUUGGCGCUGCUUCUAGAUCAGGUCCUCUCCUUUGAUCGUCGUAUUUGUAACUCGAGCUUGCGAUGCGACUGCGACACUGAGGCGGGAUUGUAUCUCCGACGGCGCAGCCCGCCUUUGGUGUGAGUCCCCACGACGAGCUCUUGAAGUACGUCUGAUAACAGCAUUUGAGUACUAAAGACCAAAUUGGUUGUACUAGAGGGAAAAGGGAGGAACUGUCUUUCCAAUACCCGGGUUCUUCUUGCAGCACUAGUAGUCCAAUCAUCACUCAAUUCCAACGCACACCACUAAAAGCUACCCAUUUUGUUGCUUGUGUAGUUGACGUGUCAAACGCAGCAGAAACAGCAACUCAAUUUCUUGUUGUCAAGUGGGUUCUCUUACCAAGACCAGAACCGGCCCCGUAUUCAGAAUAAGUCUUCUGAGUGCGGGCCAGCUUGGGCAAAAGAUGUAGGCGCUUACAACUUUAUGACAGACAACCGAGAGGACUACGUUCUUCAUAUUGUCUUUCUCAACUACUAGAUCUGUACCCACAGCAGCAGAAAAAUUUUCCGCGCAGUUCUGGGAACUGUCUGUAAGUCGUAAGACCUGCAGCAGCUUCCUUUGAACAUGGGCAAAGAUUUUAUGCCAAAUAGCUAUACGACAAUGGAAGAAGUAUUUUAGGGUUUUCGGCUCUACGCUUUUUACCUUCGCGCUACUACAUGUGCUGGGAAAUACAAGUAUGAUACUUACAGAUACGCCUUUGUUUUCGCCUAGACGCUACAAAUAAACGUCCUCGUAGUAUCAACCAAUAAAACAAAGCAAACGCUUCCCUGGUGAAGAUUGAUUUGUUUACAGCUUGGACAGACGUUAGAAAAGAGGCUGGUGAUUUUAGUGUGAUUUUAUGCAGAGAGGGCGCGUUAGGUCUUUGAUUUUCCGAGCUCGUCGAUGUGUGCCUGCGCCAGGCGUGUGGUGAGUAUUUGCCUGAGCAGGCUAAGGAAUUGCGGCGGGCAUUGCAUGGUGUCGGCGAUGUUUUUCGGGUGGACUUCGAUAAAAAACACGUCGCAAAAAUACCGCGAGCAACACCAAAAUAGCAUGCUCCCAACACCACUGCGCUUUUCUCCUUUCGCUUAUGAAUUUGCUUCGUCGUUUUUGUGCGUGGAUGUUGCAAAAGGCCAGCCAAAAAAAAACACCGAGCGCCAUCGUGAAUGAUUUUAAACCGCACGUUACGGCGUCAUCUUAAAAAAACAGCUUUUUUGCGGCUCAAAAAAGUUGGCAAAAAGUUGCUGGUGACUUUACAACAAAAAAAGAUGCUUUGGCUCUCCAUUUUGGAGCCAAAAUAUCGACCAUAGCAUGCAGGUUGCCGGCGCGCAACGCGUAAAGUCACCGUAAAGUCACCCUAAAGUCACCGCUAAAGUCACCAACAUCCGGACGGCAAAAAUUCCAAACCCAAUCCGCAUGGAAAAUUGCCGACUUGGCCAGGUAGAAUUCGCGUCGAAAAAGUGCCAAUCCCGGCGGUAGUAGGGACAUCGGCAAGACUUAGCGGCGUCAGUUUUGGUCUCGUGUGUCGAAAAAAGCAGCGCAAAAAUUGGGAGCGCUCGCCGCAUUGGAAAUUGCGCAUUUUGCCUUCUGAAUUUUUAAAAAUUAUGCCUGGAAUGCCGAUGGUAUGGCGCUUGUUUUUUGGCCCUCCUUUGUCUCCUCUUGUUGGUAUCUUCUCCUUUGCUCUCAGGGACAAAAGUAGAGAAAUCUUCUGAAGGCAAUGAGGCGUCUUUUUUUCGGCGCCGUGCUUGAGAAUAAAGCCCUAAAAUCACUAUAAAAUCACCCAUCAAAAUUCUAACGGGUGUCCAAGCUCUAAUUGAUUUGUCCACGAGUGUGCAGAGCUAAGAGCGACAAAAGUUCAAGUUUUUACGACGUACAAAGAUUUAUUGUCAUGAAAAACAAGAAACUACGCGACAUUUUCACAGCUUCAUUUGAACAAGCUUCCCCUUGCCUUCAAACCAUGCGGAGCAAAAUCCUCCAUUGGCAGCGCAAAUCCGGGAAAGAAAAAAACAUGACUAUAUAU